AUGAACUCUGUAAAUGGGAAAAGGAUAACUUAUAAACGAACUAGACCAAAUCCACUAUUUCAAGAUUGGCUUCAAGAAUUACAUGAAGAGGCAAAAGCAAAAAAGAGUAAACUAGAAAUCAUGCUAAAUGAAGCACUCGAGUCUUUGUCCAAAUAUCCACUGUCAUUACAAUCUGGUGCUGAAUGUGCUAUAUUAAGAGGGUUCGAUAAACGUUUGUGCUUAUAUAUUGAUAAACGUCUUGAAGCCUAUAAAACUUUCAAUAUUGACUUUGAAAAUGAGUUGUGUACAGUAGAUUUUAUAGAAAGUCCUCAAGACUCACAAAAUUCACAGAGUAGUUCAUAUUUAUUAAAUAAUUCCCAACAAUUGGAACACAAGACAAAAUUAAAACAAUAUCCAAAAGAUGUUUGUACUGCAGUUAGUCCAGCGAAAAGAAAAAGUAAAGUCAAAUAUAAACCAGUAUUCAAGUCUGGCUCAUAUGCCAUAUUAAUGGCAUUAUUAGAUCAUACAACAAACAGUAGUAAACAAUCACUUGGUAAAGAUGAAUUAAUUAAUAUAGCACAAAAGUAUUGUGAAGAAUCUUUUACUAAACCUAAACCUGAAACACAUUAUACUGCAUGGUCAAAUAUGAAGAGGUUAGUAACAAAAGGAUUAGUUAAGAAGACUGGACAUAAAAAAUCUCAGUUUUCUUUAACUGAAGAAGGAAUUACUCUUGCUAAUGAACUUCUUAUAGAUACCCAAAAUACACCUAGUAUGAACGAUAUUAUUUUUAAAGAUAACACAUAUAGCAAAGAAAUUAGUAUAAAUUCAGAUAUAAUAGUAUUAGAUGAUAUUAUCACUAAAAUUGAUAAUAAUAAAGUAAAUAAAAAGAAAGAUUUUGAAGUGUUAAGUUCAGAUAAAUUAAUAGAAAUGGAGCCUAGCUCUUUUGACAUAAUUUUACUUAUUGAUAAAAAUGAGACUGCUGGAGUAUCGAAAAAGAACGAUCCAACUGUGGCACAAUUUAAUAAGUACCCAGAUUUGAAACAUGAAUACAGAAGUUUGAAAGUUGGUGACUUCACUUGGAUUGCUCGACAUAAAAUUAGUAAUCAAGAAUUAGUUCUUCCUUAUAUUGUUGAAAGAAAGAGAAUGGAUGAUUUAGGAGCUAGUAUUAAAGAUGGAAGGUUCCACGAGCAGAAGUUUAGAUUAAGAAAAUGUGGAUUAAAUCAUGUUAUUUACAUGGUAGAGAAUUAUGGUAGCAAUAAGCAUGUGGGUUUGCCCAUACAGACCCUGAUGCAGGCCCUAGCUAAUACAAGAGUUCAAGAUGGUUUUAAAGUACAUGUGACAGAUUCAUUGACUAAUUCUGCUAGAUUCUUAGCUAUGAUGACUUUGAGACUGACAUUUGAAUAUAAGGACAUAUCAUUAAAAGGACAUAAUAAAGAGGCGAAAGAAGAUAUCCUCACAACAUUUGAGUAUUUUAACAAAGCAUCACUAAAAAAUAAACCUCUCUCGGUAACUGACACAUUUAUUAAAUUACUUCUACAGUUAAAAGGGGUUUCUGUGGAAAAGGCCUUAGCAAUAACUAAUAUGUACAAAACACCAAAAUUAUUAUUCAAAGCUUAUGACUGUUGUGACCAAAAAGAAGGAGAAAUGUUAUUAGCAAAUUUGAGAUGUGGUGAGAUGAGUAGAAAUGUAGGGCCAGCUGUAAGCAAAGCGAUAUAUCAACUUUUUAGUUUUAAAAGUUUUAGU